UUGAGGUCAAGGUUUCAAUUGAGUGUAUUGGAGGACUAAUGUUGUGUCUGUCUUUAACAAUAUAGUGGUCUGUUGUAGCGUUCGAUCAGUGUAACUGUUAGCUUCCUCCUCCUACGAUACUGAGUGUACAUUUAUAAAAUAUCUUACAUUUAUUAGAUUUAUUUUUAAUAAUACAGAUCAAUUCAGACGUUAGUCUUAAAUGCAUGUCUUAUCAUUGCCAUAUACAACGUGACUACUACUCCGCGUCCUAUCUUUACACUUGACUAGAUUAUAUUUUAUGACAACAAUACACAGACAGCAGCACAACGAUAUAAUCCCAAUAAUGAUAAAGAAAUCAAGCAUUUGUGAGGACGGACUAAAAACGACACUAAAUGAUUGUGGCAUUGGCAAAUGGCAAAGUUAAGUCUCACACUUGCACUCGUAUUACAAUGCAUUGCGGGGAAUGUGUAUUCAUCAGUCUACUCCCUCGCAUUAACAUCAGGGAUGGUUUUCCAAGUGAUUACAUCAAGUUCUGUGAACGCUUAAGCUAUCUCACUCACUCUGGUCAACAUAUAGGGUGUAGUCCUGCCCAUUGAAAUCCUUUCAGCUCAUGGUACAAACGUCACAGAAGGGCCGUCUUCAUCACCCCACCCGCUGUGAGCCUGCCUACUGUGGGGGCAGAGUUCAGCAACAGUACAGUACACACAAUUGUUGCCCUUUUACAAAUAGAUUCCAACAGUGAGUCUCUGAGCGGUGGCACGGCAUCUCCAGGAUGACUUUGCUGGCUGCAGUUGUGCUGCUUUGCCUCUCUGGGUGGGUCGCUCUUUACGUGAUCCUUUGCAACAUCAAUGGCUCCCGGGGCUAUGAAUGGAACUGCCGGCUGGUGACCCUGCUGCAUGGCGUGCUAGUUGUCUGCAUCACAGCCUACAUCGGCUAUGUGGACGGACCCUGGCCCUUCACAUACCCAGGCACAAAGAACACCCCUCUGCAGAUCAGCGCCAUGGUCCUGAGCCUGAGCUACUUCAUCUUCGACAUGGUGUGGUGCAUGUACUUCCGCACGGAGGGCCCUGUCAUGCUGGCCCACCACACGGUCAGCAUCCUGGGCAUCGUGGUCACACUGUGGCUGGGCGAGUCGGGCGUGGAGUCCUGCGCCGUCCUCUUCGGCAGCGAGAUCACCAACCCCCUGCUGCAGGCGCGCUGGUUCCUGCGCCGCACGGGCCGCUACGAGACGGCGCUGGGCGAGGCCGUGGACCUGGCGUUCGUGCUGCUCUUUGUGUUCAUGCGGGUGUUUGUGGGCGGGGCCAUGCUGUACUGCGAACUGAUCUCGCCCCGGCCCCGCUUCUUCAUCAAGUGCGGCGGCGUGGCCAUGUACGCGCUGUCCUGGGUGUUCAUGGUGGACAUCUGGCGCUUCGCCAAGCGGAAGUACGGGAGCAAGAUGGCGCAGUGGAGAGAGCAGGGAGCCAGGAGCCUGAAGAACGGGGCGGUGGUGGGAGACGACGCUCAUGAAGGGAAACUUGACUGAAGUUCUGCCACUUUUUCAACACUGUUUUUGUUGUUGUUGUUGUUGUUGUUGUAGUUUUGCUCAUUUUGGAAUUGACAUGGACAAAGGGAGUGUGCAUUUGUCUACAUGACUGUCAACUGUACUGUACAAGUGAUUUCUGAAUAUUGCUUUUGCUUCAGAUGUUACCGCGAAUACUGCUUAGUUUGGUCGUGCAUAAAGGACCUAGACUGAAGAGGAAAGUAUGUGGCACAAGGUUAAGAGUGAUUCUUAAGAGGCUUAUUUCAGCGUCAUUCCAAUUCAAGGGACCAUAGGUCUAAUGACCAACUGGGCUACUGGCUAUUACUAUGAAUGGAUGUCCCCAAGAGACAUAUUUUAGGGUGGGAAGAUGUGAGUGAUUAUAUUUCGGGAUAUAAUUCACUUUUGUGUGAUGACAGUGAUGCAUAAUUUGUGGAAAAACUAGUUCUGUCAUUUGUGAAAAAGAAAUGUAUGUGUGAAAUCAUCUCUGCCACAAAGAUUUGUCAGUAUUCUCUUGAAGCCUGUGUUUGGUCCUAUCACUGAAGUUCGAUCCACAGAUUUUGUCAAGAUUUUCAAUAUUAUCAAUAUGGUGCAAUGAAUAAUCUUUUACUUUCUUUUUGAUAAUGACUUAAUUUGUAUGUUUGUCUUAAAGUCUGACUCCUGUUUGUGUUGAGAAAGCACAGUGAGUCUCAAAAAAACACAAUUUCAUGACUUUCUUGGCUUUUAACAAAACGUGUUUGCUUGAUCCUUGUUGAAUACAAAAGGAAAACAUUCAUGUGAUAGGGUUGGCUGAUUUAUGUUUGCAUUGGCUAGUGCAUCGGCAAUGUAUGAGAACACUCGCAGAAAAACCUAUUGAUGGUGUAAAGCAAGUGAGAAAUAAUUAAUUGGGAGAGAUAAUAUAUAUAUCUUAAUGGAAACAUUUCAGAAUAUCUAAUUUAUGCUAGUGUCUCUUUCACCAUUAUUAUAUAUUUAAUUCAACUUUAUAGUCUAGCAAAAUGCUUGAGACAUUACUAAUUCAUUUUCAUAGUGGACUUCUUCCAUUUCAAUGGUGCUGAUGAAUGGAUCAUGUGAUCAAUACUUUGUCUAUAUAGACAAAUGUUUUUUGUGCCUUAAAUCUGAAUGUACUUACCUAAACAUGUUGUUAAAAAAGUGUUGUGAUGUAAUACAAUUUCCUUAAAACACAUGUGGGAGUAAUAAAAUGAUUUUGAUAACUUUUGACCAUUUAUGUAGAUAUUUUUCAACUACCGUUUUUAGUCUCACAGGUGGUAUUGUGUAACAGGUUGCUUUUCCAUUUCAAUAAAGGCUACCUUACGUGUCCA